CGACAUUAUAUGAUAUUUACACUCUUUUUUGAUAUUAUCCAUUUAGAUUAUACACUUUUACGUUUUCACGGAUAGUACGUACUUGAACAGUACCUUACGCGACUUGCAUUUGGAAUCAUUAAAGCAGUUGAAGUACAGUAAACGUAACAUUGAUAUACAAUAAUAUAUACGAGUGUCAGCGCAUCAAGACAACAUGAAUCUAAAUAUUAAAUUAGACUUUUAUCAGCCACAAGGCUUUCUAAAUCGUUUCUUCUUUCUUAUUAUACUAAUGUCAGCUGUUUCUGCUAUUGUGACAUCGUUACAACGUGCAACGGAUGGACGCAUUCUCUGGAAAACUCUCGCGGAAGACCAGAAUCAGCGUGAAAAAUCAUCAAAAUUAAUAUCCUGUGCAGUACCGUACAUCCAGGAAUAUUUCGAAUUUUCGGAUCGAAUAUCGCUCUUAGUCUCGGACACGCUAGACGACGCUCCUACUCUCAUAAAACUAUUGAUAAACGAAUUACCCGUAAGCGGUACUGUGUAUGCAUUAUCAAACGCAGAGCCGACAGACUUAUUAAAAACGUAUGAUCUUUCUGAAAACGUCGUUAUUCUAUCAAAGAGCGCAAUUACUCUCGAAACAAAUUCUUCCUAUUUCAUCGACUAUUGCAAAGGCCGGUGCAGUGUUGUAAUAAUGCUAACGAAUCUAUUGGCCGACGAAGAGAGUUUCUUGAUAGAGGCCAGAGUGAUAGUAGAACAAAUGUCAUUGUUGCAAUCUAUGUUCAAGCUCGCAAUAUUGGCGUUGAUUGAAGAAUCAGUCCUGCUCGCCGGUAGCAUUCCGAUUCGGGUCGACGAAUUGUACGUGCUCGCCGAGCCGACGCUUUUAGGCAGAUGCCAACAGGAGAGUACCAUUCGAUGGCAGCAUUUCAAAACAAGAUCAUUCAAUACCUCUGUUGUCAACGCGGCGAUGUUCCGCAAUUUUCCCUACGCAUAUUUCACCAAAAAGAAGGAUCAUUUGAAAUUCGGCGGUGUCGAGGGCUCGAUGGUGGAAGAGAUUGCGAGUAACAUGAAUCUCGAAUUGAACAGAGAUCAGAUCGACUGGCAAAACAGCACGAUCAAUGCAGAACUUUACGCGAGACUUAACAACGCGACUGACGAUUUGAUAUUUGGUGGUCUUCUGUGGGAUCCUAAUCGAAAGACGGUGUACAUGACUUCUUACGGAAUGGUACAGAUCGCAUGGUUAAUACCGAUAAAAACGAACGUUUCCUUUCGCGGUUUAAUAACGCCGUUUGGCGCGAACGUUUGGUACAUCAUAAUCGGCACAUUGUUCCUCAGCGGACUCGUAAAGCAUUUUUUAAUUCAUGACAUUACAUUUCUGGACAUGGCAGCCCUGGUUCUCGGCGUAGCUACUAAUCGUCCGAAGAAAACUUCCAGCAAAAUCCUAUUCAUAUCUUACAGCCUGUUUGGUUUCUUUCUUACGCAGCUUUAUUUAGGAUCGCUGGCGGAUCAGCUCCAGAGUGCGACGGAUAGUCAAAUGGAAACUAUGGAAGAACUAGUCAAUUCGGGGCUACAGGUAGGUGGGAAUCAACGAUUAGCUCAAUUGUUGCAGACGCCUGACAAAACUGAUGAGAGCAACAUCGAACGAACGCUCCGCAAGAAUUUUAUUGUUUUCAAACAGCAUGAUUAUACUGACUUAUUCUUAGAUAUCAUCAAUGGAAGUAAUACUACUCUAGCUCUUCUUGUGGUGUUAAAUCUAACCGAUGUACACCGUAUGUCCAAUUUGAAAAAAGCUCACAUUAUGAAGGAGAAUGUGGGCAGUUAUCCAUUAGCCCUCGCAACUUGGCAAGGAUUCCCAUACUUGAGUGACUUUAACUACAAGAUUCAAAUACUUGUUCAAAACGGUCUUAUUGAAUACUGGUCAGAUAUGGCGUUAUUGAAUAAAAGUUAUUUCGCAUCGGAUAAUGAAACUGAGGAAGAUGACAUCGGCGUUGACGAUCUUGCGCCGGCCUUUCUUCUUGUGAUCAUGGGAUGUAUCGGUGGAUUCUUCCUCUUGAUUAUAGAAGUUAUCUUAUAUCCAUCUAAAGUGCUUUCAUGAAUUCAUCUUUAUAUUAUAAUGUAGUAAAUAGG